CAGGCCUUGGUAAAAGCUGUUCAUCUUCGCAUUCCGUCUCUUCCGGACCGCGCGCUUUCAGCCGGCGACGAGGUCGUACCACAGCGUCGUGCGUUUCAAGCAGCUUGCUGCAUGCAGAUAAUGCAGAUGACGUGGAGUCAGACGAGAGCGACACAGGCAGUGAGGGCGACGGCGAUGUCUACAUAACCUGGGUAGAGCAUAGUAAUUUUUUCAAGCGCUGCAAGGAUCGCGCAGCAGGUCUGCAGCGGCUGCUUGCCUGGGCACUGAUCGGAG